AUGAGCACAAAACAUCGAAAGAAACCGUAUAGCGGUAAACAGAAGCGUAAGCAGCUUCAGGAACGACGUGUAAAGAAUAUCGAGAGACUUGAAGAAUAUGAUGAUGAUUUCGACGAGAAAUCAUCCAAAAAAUUUGACGACGAUGAGAAAGAUAAUAAACCGGGAAAGAAAAAUGAUCCUACAAGACUUUAUUCAGUAUUUAAGAAAUUAACGCCUCGUGAAGUUCAAACGAAUCGAUUGGCGAGCAUGAAACCGUUUACGCGACUUGAUGCUAAAUCAGCAUUAGAAGUCUCCGUCCAAGACAUCUACACGACAAUAAUAGAAUUCCCGAAACGACCACCAUGGAACCACCAGAUGAGCAAAGAGGAGUUGAUCGCCAACGAGAAAAAAUAUUUUCAGCGAUGGCUGAAGGAUAUCUAUGAUCGCUGGGGAAAGGAGGAGCUGAGUUUUUUUGAGCAUAAUUUGGAGGUCUGGCAACAAUUAUGGCGAGUUUUCGAAAUAUCAGAUAUUAUCCUAAUAAUCGUUGAUAUCCGACACCCGUUACUACAUUUUCCGCCGUCGCUGUAUAAUUAUGUGGUCAAGGAACUUAGACGGGACAUGGUUCUUGUGUUUAAUAAGAUUGAUUUAGUAGCUCGAAAUACAGUCGACGCUUGGUCUCGAUAUUUUAAACAAGAGUUUCCUAAUGUGCAUAUCGUGGGGUUUAGUAGUUUUCCAGUGGACAAAAAAUUUGUGGAUGAUACUACUACAACCUACCUCCAGAAAAAUGUCAAUCGUCCAUCACGUCGUCGUAAACUUCAAAAUCGAGGCUCAAUCGGAAAAAAAGACUUACUUGUUGCGUGUAAAGACAUCAAGUUGGUGAAGAAGGGUGUGCAAGUGGACUGGGAGGAUGAUGGUAAUGAUGACUUUCAGAAGAAGGAAGAGGAGAAAUUAGAUGACAAUAAUGCUGUUGUCGAUAUUCAUGAAUCAGAAGUUGCUCCUCAUAGGGAUUACAUUACUAUUGGACUUGUUGGACAUCCGAAUGUUGGAAAGAGUAGUCUAAUAAAUAGUAUAAUAGGGAGAACGGUAGUGAGCGCUUCCAAGACUCCGGGAAAUGUUCGUCUUUGCGAUUCCCCAGGAUUAGUGUUUCCGAGUCUGCUUCCGAAAGCUACCCAGAUACUAUCGGGGAUGUAUCCUAUUUCGCAAGUUCAAGAGCCUUAUAGUACUAUUCAGUAUUUGGCUGAAAGGAUACCAGUCGAGAAAAUAUUACGACUGACACCUCCAGAAACUGGCGAGAAAGAGUAUCGAUGGUCUGCAUGGGAUAUUUGUGAAGCAUUUGCCAUGAAACGCCACUUCUUCACAAGUAAAUCAUCCCGAACGGAUGUGUAUCGUGCUGCCAAUACUCUUUUGCGAAUAACCAAUGACGGGAGGAUCUUAUUGUCUUUUAAGCCACCUGGAUUUUUCGAGUCUUUGGCGUCGUUAUCUUCUUCAUCGAUAAAUCGUUCACGUCGGCCUAGUCAAGAAGUAGAGGAGAUAUCUACAAAAUUGGGGGAUCUUGAAGUAGGUCAUGAAGAGGAGGAGAUUGAUGAAAGAAAAGUUGGUGGAUCUUAUUGA